AUGAAGAGAAGAAGACAAUCAGUGUCAACAUGUGUUGACUGCAAUAAAAGUUUCGAGUCACAAGAAACCUCGACACAACAUUUUAAUUCGCGCAAUCAUGUUCAACGGUUGUUGGCGAUAAAAAAUGCACAACUGAUGGACAUGGAAGAAGAAACGGAGAUUUUGGAAGAUGUUGGCACAAGAGUUGAGGCUGUCUAUGGGAUUUCAUCAGACGAGGAAAGUUUUUCAGACGAUGACAUGGGGGAGGUAUUUUUUAACUCCGAGGCGGAACAACUUAUUAGUGAUGAAAAUGCUGACAAAGACUUCUUCCCGUUUCCAAGUGAGACGUUUUUUCUGCUGUAUUGUUACGCGCACAGUAUCAUGAGACCGAAGGUAAGAACAGCAUUCUUCCACAAUACCAAUGGACCAUACUGACUAUACCGUAUUUACUCGUUUAAGCGCCCCUAACGAGCACAAUAUUAAGGAACCAUGCAAACUGUUAUUGUACCACCGGGCCGGAGCAAAUCAAGUUUUAACUUUUAAAAAAUGCAAGCCCUGCUUAAAGUGGCAUGAUAAAAAUCUCAAGCCUCGCUAUGAGCUUUACCAGGGCGUAGUAAAACAGUGUUUUACUACGUUAGUGUUUUACUACGCCCUGGCUUUACUAAAAAAAGUUGCUGCCCCGCUACCGUUAGUAAAAGAAGGUAGAUAUCAGGUAUACUGUACAUGGCAAUGUUUUUAUACAAAAUCAGAAGAGAUCGCUAAAAUAUGAAGGAGGUCUGACUAAAUACCCAGGGGAAAAAUAGGCCACCGGCUUUAGGGUUAGGGGUGGGGGGUUAGAGGCCAGGGAGUGGGGGUUAGGGGGUGGGGGUUUGAGGUCAGGGGGUUAGGGUUUGGAUUAACGUUUGGAUUAAUCAUAGACCCAUUACAAUCCAAUACUUUAUUGCAUACAAUGGCAUUACAACGCCAAUAGAUUAUUGGUUACAACGUCAGUACGGAACGGCUGACAAAGAGCCGUUUGGUCAUUUUAUUUGGUCAUUUUGGUGGCCGUUUUACUAUAUCCUGUAUCGGAAUCUGUUGUUAAGGGUUACUAAUAAAAGUGGAAUAUGGUAAAAUAAAAGUGUGUGCCCGAUUGUGCCCCACCUGAAACACAUAAAAAUUCUUUGUGCCGGCUUCUGUGCAGCUCAAAAAAAGUAUGUGCCCCGUCCCCUUUUGCUCCGGCCCCGUAUAAACAUAAAUUUUGCAUGGUCCCUAAAAACACCGUUACAGACGAGCAAGUUUUCUUUGGCAAGUUUUUUUGUGACAAAUUUAAUUGGCAUAUAAAUCAUUAUCUCACAGUCAAGAUCAGACUUGGAGUUUCUUUGGAUGAUGAUGGGUCGUUUUGGAGUGAAUCUUCCGACGCUUUCAUCCGUUUUGUCCUUUAAAGUGAAAGGCUUGGAAAACUGCAUCUCAUUAAGAAAGGUAAAUCGCAAUUAAUCCUAAAAUAUCUAAAAAAUUUCUAAUGAAAGCGAAUGUUAACUAAUACGAAUGUUAAAUGUGUUUAAUUUUUUACUUGUGAAAUUGUUUAUCUUUAUGCAGAGUUACGGAAAUGAGCACCCUUUUUAUUGGAUUCCGCCAUCAGACAUCAUCAAAUUACAACUGGCCACACCUUCAGUUUCAAAUAAAUUGGCCAGAUAUCCCGAAAAAACUGAUCGAUUCAUCAAAGAACUGUAUCAAGUACGCUUAAUACAAACAUUUUCUUGCUUGUUGUAGAAAUUUUGUCACUCCUGACGUACAAAAAACCUCCCUGUACGUUUUUAAUUCAAAAAAUAAAAAAAUCGGCAUAGUUAUCAUAUGACGACUUAAAGUUUUCCAUUAGAUUUCACAAAGUAUUCGUACAAAGUAAUGCACUUUAAUGCAUUUCAGGGAAGGAAGUGGUAUAUAGACGAGCAAUUUCAGACAACCUCUGCAAGUGUUUCCGGAAAGACUUUCUAUGUUAAAGAUUUGGUAGAAUAUAAAAUUGAUGAGACAAUACGUCAUGGGAUAAUAGAUGGAUUCUAUAUGAAG